AUGAAGGCCUACGUCAAAGCUCCGAAAAGAAGAAGCAGCAGCAAGAGCACCAGUCUCCGUAGCCGAUCCACUAGCAGAUCUCAGAAAGAUGUUCCAACAACGUCAGCUAAACCUACUGCAGCUGAAGGACGCAUGAAGAAAACUACCGUGCCAAAAAGAAGAGACUCGAUGAGAGGUCCCUCAACAACUCUUAUUCUUCGUACCAAAGGCGCAGUCACUCGUUCUCAAUUUAAGCUUCGCGAGGAAUUGGGAAUGAACAAGGAGACUAAGAAACCUGGAGCAUCGAGGUCUGUGUAG